CGUUGCUCCAGGCGCGCAGCUCUUCGCCGGCUCGGCGGAGCUGCCGGAGAAAGCCAUGGCCGAACUCAAGUCCUUGAGCGGAGAGUCCUACCUGGCUCUGGCGCAGAGCUACAACCAGACGGCGUUCGCCUACGGCGCCGUGCGAGGCGGCGAGGCCGGGCGCGGGUACCCCGGCGGCGCGGGCGGCCUGGACUUCCAUGCCGCGCAGCUGGGGAAGUCGGCGGAGAGCAGCGGCGAGCAGAGCUGCGACGAGGAGGACGCCUUCGACGGCGCCAAGGAGGGCAGCCCGGCGUUUGAGCGCGACGGCAAGCUGAAGGCGCCCGGUGCCCUCGGGGGGACCAAGAAGCCCAAGGAGCAGCGCUCGCUGCGCCUCAGCAUCAACGCCCGCGAGCGGCGGAGGAUGCACGACCUGAACGAUGCCCUGGACGGCCUGCGCUCCGUCAUCCCUUACGCGCACAGCCCGUCGGUGCGCAAGCUCUCCAAAAUCGCCACGCUCCUCCUGGCCAAGAACUACAUCCUGAUGCAGGCGCAGGCCCUUGAGGAGAUGCGGCGCCUCGUGGCCUACCUCAACCAAGGCCAGACGCUCAGCACGCCCAUCCCGGCCGCGCUGGCCCCCUUCGGACAGUCGGCCGCCGUCUAUCCAUUCACGGGCGCUGCUUUGACCAGCUGCCCCGAGAAAUGCACUGCCUUCCCCGGGGCCAGCUCUGGCCUUUGCAAACACUGCAACGAAAAACCUUGAUGUACCCGUUUGACCUUAGAACAAACUCCAAAAAAACCCCACCCGACUUUCCUUUUCACUCCAUCAGCCCCG